GUGUUUUUACAUAAAAAUAAAUCACCAAAUUUUUUCCAUUCUUCUGAUUAUAUUUACAACGCGAUAAGACAUAUAUUUAUAUGUUCAUUAUGACGUAUUAUUUUGGCAAACAUUUAGUACAGUAGUUUGACAGUCAAACACAAUAAAUUUCGAAAAUAAAUACAAAGAGAAUCAUUCAAGUAAAGGAAAUAUAUACAUAAUUUAAUUGGUGGACUGUAACUAGAUAUGAACAUGAAGAAAAAGGUGUUGCUUAUGGGUAAAAGUGGUUCGGGUAAGACCAGCAUGCGCUCCAUUAUUUUUGCCAACUAUAUUGCACGAGAUACCAGGCGACUGGGUGCGACAAUCGAUGUUGAACAUUCUCAUGUUCGAUUUUUGGGCAACUUGGUAUUAAACUUAUGGGAUUGUGGGGGCCAAGAGAGUUUUAUGGAGCAAUAUUUUGCAUCGCAAAAAGACAACAUAUUUCGUAAUGUUGAAGUAUUGAUCUAUGUUUUUGAUGUGGAAAGUCGUGAAUUGGACAAUGAUAUGCAUUAUUAUCAAUCAUGUUUGGAAGCCAUAUACAAGAACUCUCCCGAUGCCAAAAUCUUCUGCUUGGUGCAUAAGAUGGAUUUAGUGGCCGAAGAGCAACGCGAUAUCAUAUUCAAAGAACGUGAAGAAGAUUUGAAGCGUUUAUCGUUGCCGUUGAAUUGUACCGCCUUCAAAACAAGCAUUUGGGACGAAACUCUGUACAAGGCAUGGAGUCAAAUUGUUUAUAUGCUAAUUCCAAAUGUUGAAGCUUUGGAACAUUCGCUUGCAUACUUUGCCAAUAUAAUCGACGCCGAUGAGGUGCUAUUAUUUGAACGAGCAACAUUUUUGGUCAUAUCACAUUCGCAACGGAAACAACAUCGUGAUUUGCAUCGCUUUGAAAAAGUGUCAAACAUAAUCAAGCAAUUUAAAUUAUCGUGUUCAAAACUUGGCGCAAAAUUUCAUUCGAUGGAAGUUCGUAAUAGCCAAUUUGCCGCAUUCAUUAAUACAUUCACAAGCAACACAUAUAUCAUGGUUAUAAUGUCGGAUCCAACAAUGCCUUCGGAAGCGGCUCUAAUUAACAUUCGAAAUGCACGCAAAUAUUUUGAGGAAUUGGAAAAUCCGAACAGUACCUCAUCCUCACAACUUUUACACUAAAAAUCUUGAAUGGCCGCAUAUUAAUAUCUUAUUAGUAAUACAAAUAUCAGAGAUGAAGAGAACCAAAUAAUUUUUGAUAACAACAAUCGAAACUUGUUAUUUUUGUCAUAAAUAUAUAUAUAUAUACACAAA